AUGGACGACACGAACGAGUUCCCCAUGCAGGACCCGGGCACGCACCUCACCCUCGAGCUGCGCGGGACGCGCUUCGUCAUCGAGCGCGAGACCAUGAUGAACUUACCCGAAUCGGUGCUGCUCUGCCUCUUCCCCAACGGCCUGAUCUUGACACGCCAGCCUCGUGUCCCCACGAUGCUCGAUCAGGAUGGUGAGGAGGACGAGGAGGAGCUCUAUCUCGUCGACUUUGAUCCGCAGUGUCUCUCGUACGUGCUCAGCUUCUUCAAAACUGCCCAGGACGAAUUCUACGGCACCGCAGACCAUCCCGGCAAGUACCGUCCCAGCUCGGCUUACGGUACUGCGCUCUACAACUAUGCGAUGGCGUCCAACGAGGGCGCCGACGCCUUCACCCAGGGCAGCAUCUCCCAGAUCCCGCUGAUGAACAAGCAGCCCAUCAUCGUGCUGCGCGAGGAACUCGAGUACUUUGCCAUCCCUCCCAAGAAGGCGGCUGCGGCGGGGCAAGCGGCAGCAUCCGAGAUCGAUCCGGAAGUGUUCGAAGGCACCGAGCCUUCGACCGGGCACCCUACGCCUGCACUACUGCGGCUCAACGGAUUCGACCGCGAAGACACCUGGGGCUUCCGUGCGCUCGAACCGAAUCGCUGCUGCAUCACUUCGAUCGCGCUCGUGCUGCUCAAGACGGGCAUCACGCACGCGGGCGAGCUCGAGGCCGAAGGACUCAACCCAGAGGCGAUGGCCUCGGGCGAGUACCACGAUGCCACCGGACGUACGAGCAUGCUGUCCAAUUUGAAGGUGGACCACCAGCAGUUUGCGACCGCGCAAAAGCUGCUUCUCUUCUGGCGCAAACCGGCGAGAAAGUGCUGGUGGGACGGCAUCGACAUUGUGCUGCCCGCCUCGGACAAGGAUUCGCCCGCGCAAGCCGACAACGCCGCGCAAACGCAAGAACUCAACGAUGCCGGCCUCACCGCCAACGAGGCCGAGCUGCUCAAGUCGGGCAAGGGAAGGAAAGUGCGCGUCUGGGCGCGCAGAGUGUGGACGCUCGAGCUCAGCCUCAUUUGA